AUGCCCAAGAAGAUCAAGAAGCGUUCGAAGAAGAAGGACGAGGAAGUCCUCGACCAGGAAGAAGUUGGCACCGAAUCCGAAGAGGAGGAGGGGCUAGGUCUUGACGCCGAGGAGAUGGAUGAGGUCUCCAACUUCGGGGAUAUGCUCGUCGACAUCCCCGAGCACGAGCGUGACACCUUCCAGGAGAUCAACUACCAGGCGGCCAACUGGAUCGAGGAUAACCGCACGGCGGCCAUGGGGAUUUUCUUCGCCGUCGUCUUGCUCCCGUUCGGUAUCUACGGCGCGUACUACGCCAACCAGCAGUCGCAGGUGAAGGACUCGAUGGAGGUCUCGGCGGCCAUGGAUGCGUAUCGCUUCCCGGUCAAGGAUUCGCCGCAGAUGCAGAUCUUCGAGCAGAACGACGACCUCAAGAAGCCAAAGACCAUCUACGAUUCGCGUCAGGCGAAGUGGGACGCGGUCUAUAAGAAGGCGGACGAGGGGCUCAAGAAGCAUUCUCAAGGGGACCUCGCGAUCACCGCGCAGCUCUCCAAGGCCGCCGCCGCCUAUCAGCUUGGCAAGUACGAUGAGGCCGUCUCGCUCUACGAGAAGGUCAUCUCGGACAAGCGCGCCGAAUCAUUGCGUCCUUUCGCCACGCUCGCCAUGGCGAUGAGUCAGGCAGGCAAGGGUGACGUCGACGCCGCGAGCGCGACCUUCGACAAGCUCGCUGGCUACGAUGAGGAGUACAAGCAGCUCGCGCAGUAUCACAAGCCCGCAAACGGAACCGCGCUCACCACCGACGCCGUCGCCGCCAAGCCCGAGCUCAAGCUCGUCUGGCGCACGCACGUCAGCGGCAUGGAGUCCUUCGCGUUCCGUCCCCAGGAAUACGCACGGCCUGUCUUCGUCACGCGCAGCGACGAUAUCGUCGUCGGGACCUCCGACGGCAACGUCACGCGCCUGCGCGCUGGCAGCGGCGAGAUCGUCUGGCGCAAGCUGCUCUCGAGCACGCGCGAGGAUGGCAUCUUGCCGAUUCAUGCCGAUCCUGUGGUUCACAAUGGCGUGAUCUACGUGGGCUCGAUCAAUGGCUCGGUGCUCGCGCUCGACUAUGAUGACGGCACUAUCCUCUGGGAGUAUCGCGCCGAGGAUGCCAUCGAGAGCACGCUCACCGUGUCCGAGGGGCGGCUCUUCUUCACCGAUGCUCGCGAGAUCCUCUAUGCGGUGGAUGCCGAGACCGGGAAGUUGCUCUGGCGCUUCCAGCGUCCCGCGCCCGAGUUCUUCACCAUCAAGGGAGCCGGGACCCCGGUGAUCGACGGCGACGCGGUGUAUUGCGGCUUCGCCGAUGGCACGCUCGUGGCGGUUCAGAUCGACACCGGCGAGACCAUCUGGACGAGUGAUUUGACCAACGAGGAGGUCGAGUUCACGGAUAUCGACAUGCCCGUCAUCGUCGGUGAUCGACUCCUUUACGCGGGCUCCUAUUCGGGUGGUGUGUUUGGCAUCAGCCGCCUCGAUGGCACGGUGCAGUGGCGCGUGGAUGUGCCCAGCGUGGCGCAGGUCAAGCGCUACGAGGGGAUGCUUUACGUGGCGAGCGCGCAGGGUCGCGUGGUCGCCAUCGAUGGCAUCUCUCAGAAGCCCGUGUGGUCCUUCAAGUUCAUGGAUGAUUCGCCCGUCGAGCUCGUGCCGUAUGGCCCCUACGUGUUUGUCUCCACGUCCUCGGGUCCGCUCAUGAUCCUGGAUCGCGUGACUGGCAAGCCGCUCUCCAAAUGGAAUCCAUCUACGGGGUUUAACACGCCGGUCGUGUUCGAUGGCAACCGCGGGUUCCUGCUCUCCAACGGUGGCUACCUCUACAGCUUCGAGCUCGCGUUUUAG